AAGCCAUAUCACUGUGAAAUCUGUGGCAAAUCUUUCUCUGCCAGUAGGAACCGAACUACUCAUAAACGUAUUCAUACAGGAGAGACACCAUAUUCUUGUGAUAUCUGUGGUAAAUCAUUCACUCAAAUUGGGAACUUAACUGCUCACAAACGUUUCCAUACAGGAGAGAAGCCAUAUCAGUGCAACAUUUGUGGCAAAUCUUUCUCUGCCAGUAGUACCCUGACUAAACACAGACGUAUUCAUACAGGAGAAACACCGUAUUCUUGUGACAUCUGUGGUAAAUCAUUCUCUCAAAGUGGGUGUUUAACUGCUCACAAAUAUAUUCAUACAGGAGAGAAGCUGUAUCACUGCGACAUCUGUGGCAAGUCUUUCUCUCUCAGUAGGAACCUAACUACACAUAUGCGUAUUCAUACAGGAGAGAAGCCCUAUCACUGUGAUGUCUGUGGUACAUCAUUCUCUCAGAGUGGGUAUUUAACUUCUCACAAACGUAUUCAUACAGGAGAGAAGCCAUUUCACUGCGACAUUUGUGGUAAAUCAUUCUCUCAAAGUGGGCACUUAACUGCUCACAAACGUAUUCAUAAAGGAGAGAAGCUGUAUCACUGCGACAUCUGUGGCAAAUCUUUCUCUCUCAGUAGGAAUCUAACUACACAUAAGCGUAUUCAUACAGGAGAGAAGCCCUAUCACUGUGAUGUCUGUGGUACAUCAUUCUCUGUCCAAAGCCUUUUAAAAUCUCACAAACGUAAUUUUACUAAACUUUUAUCAAUACAUCCCUUUAACAUAGCACAUAGCCAGACUCAGCCUCUUGCACCUACCAUACGAUGCCAUUCUGAAAAUACACAACCACAUCAUCAAAACUUGAAAACUGUGAGCUAA